AAAAUAUAAAUAAUAACAAAAAUAUUAAUAAAAAAAUGUAAAAAUUUAUUAUAAUCCUAUUAUUAAUAACCUUUGUUUUCGGUCUAAAAGUACUAGAACACGAAUGUGGUCACGAUAAAUUUAAAUAAAGCUAUAAAUAUGAAUCAAUCCCUUAAAAUCCUGUUGAAGAAUCUUCAGAUGUUCGUAAUUUAUAAUAUAAAUAUCCUCGUAAUAUGUUAAUUACCUACAAUAUGGAUUAUUUCAAACCUUUAGCUGCUUCUCAUUUGAAAGAUAAGCUAAUUAGUAUAACUAAUAGCUGUGAGAAAGCUUUAAAUUUGGCAAUUCAAUAUUUUUCUCGUUUAAUAAGAAUACUCCCAAAAAAAGAAUCAGAUAUGAGAUAUAAAUACAGUAAUAAAAAAUGUGGAUUAGUUCCAAUUCCUGAUAUAGACAGAACAUAGGCGUAAAAUUCUGAUUUACAUUUAUAUGUAUCAUAUACAGUUGAACCAGGUAACAAUACUUUAGCUCAUGCUGGUUGGUGUUAAUUUAUAGAUCGUUUAGGACCUACUCAUGGUACAGUUAACUUUAAUUUAGGUUUAUUAGCUGCCAAAAAUCUGGAAGAUCCUAUUGAAUUUGAAGAUUUAAUGGAAAUAGUUAUCCAUGAAAUCACUCAUAUAUUAGGUUUUAGCGAUGAUGAUGUAAAAAGAUGGGUAAAUUCUAAUGGAUUGCCAUAUACUAACCCUAUCACUAAAUAAAUAAUUAGGGGAGUUGAAAAAUAACUUCUGAGUACUCCUCAUGUUUUGGCAUUCGCUAAAAAAUAUUACGGAUGUGAAAAUUUAAAAGGUAUGCCUCUUGAAGAUUAAGGAGGAAGCGGAUCUGCAGGAUCUCAUUGGGAAUAAACAGCUAUCGCAGACGAAUACAUGAAUGCAAGUAUAUCAAAAACUUAGGCCUAUUUUAGUGCUUUUACAACCAAUCUUUUAAGAGACACAGGUUUCUAUGUUGAAGUAAACGCCUCUAUGGAGGAAGCAACGAAUUAUGGAUAAGGAGAAGGCUGUCAAUUUAUCCUUGGUAGAUGUGAUUAAAGUAUAAGAGAAUUUUGUAGACCUGUAUAAGACGAUGGAUUAUGUGAUUAUUAUCACCAUGGAUCUUCUGUUUGUACUAUUGGUUAAUUUAAUGAUCCUAAUUGUAAUACUUCUAGUACCUAUUCUAAUGGAAAAUGCUGGGAUACUAGUAGUGAUUUGAAUACAUAACAAAGUUAACUUGCAUAUGGAAUUAAAUUUGGUAUUAAUUCAAAAUGUUUUAACGUGACUUUAUUAAAUAAAAAAUUUGUACCAUCUAAUAAAUUGUAAGGUAAAUGCUAUUAACAUUAUUGUUAACAUAAUUCAUAAUAAUUGAUUAUUCAAGUAGGAAAUUAAAAGGUUAUUUGCACUAAAAACUAAGCAUAAAUGUAAGUUGACGGAUAUAAUGGAUAUAUUUAAUGCCCGGAAAAUAUACAAGAGUUUUGUAAUUUUAAAAAAUUCUGUCCAAACUACUGUAGUGCAAAUGGAUAUUGCUUAAAAGGAUAAUGUAAUUGCGAUAAAGGAUUCUAUGGAAGUGAUUGCUCAUUAUAUAGCUAUUAGUGAAAAAAAAUUAUAGUUUAAUUUUCUAUAUAUUUUAUUAGAAAAACUAGACUAAAAAUAUUAAUAUUAUAUAAUAAUAAAUUAAAUUAUAGGAAUUAUAAUUUCAUAAAAAUAGUAUUUUUUAAAAAAAUAUAUUAAUUUCAUUUGUUUUU